AUGCGGACUGCUAACAAAUGCGCCCGCAGUCGGCCUGAUCGUGAUGAGGGCCAGGCCAGUCUGGGCAGGUGGGUGCACCCGACCCCAAACCCCAAACCCCGCGCCAGUGACACUGGUUCUGCGACUUCCGCCCUCCACCGCGAUCUCACCGACGACCGACAUCGACAACUGCCUACGGUUUCCAUCACAGACGACACCUCUAUAUCGACCACUCCCUCUGUUGCACACACAAAUACGCAGACGAUGGAUAUCCGACUCCUGCAGGCGUCGGAUCUCCCCCUGAUCCAGCAUGCCAACCUCGAGAACCUGCCCGAAAAUUACUUCCUCAAAUACUACCUUUACCAUGCUAUGACCUGGCCCCAGCUCAGCUACGUCGCCGUGGACGUCAGUCGGCCUGCCAAGAGCGCCUACGACCACCCCAAGAUUGUCGGCUACGUCCUCGCCAAGAUGGAGGAGGAGCCCACCGACGGCGUCCAGCACGGCCACAUUACCUCGCUCAGCGUCAUGCGCACGCACCGCCGCCUGGGCAUCGCCGAGAAGCUGAUGCGACAGGCCCAGCUGGCCAUGGUCGAGACCUUUGGCGCGCACUAUGUGAGCCUGCACGUGCGCGUGUCCAACCGCGCUGCCAUCCACCUGUACUGCGACACGCUGGGCUUCCGCAACGAAAAGACCGAGGCCAAGUACUACGCAGACGGCGAGGACGCCUUCAGCAUGCGUCUCGAGCUGAGUGCCAUCCGCGAGCAGAUCGAGGACGGCAAGGACAAGACCGACGAGGAGGCACAGGACGAGGGCGAGCCCGUGGGCGACGUCGGCUCGACAGAAACAGUGGCAGCGGCCAAGGCGGACGCGGCCGCAUCAAGACAGGCCGACAAGAAGGUCAAGGUCAAGGUGGGCCGCGGCCUGGGCGUGGGCGAACUGGUCGAGCGCGUGGAGGCCAAGUCGUCGUAG